UCAAACCAGGAAGUGAAAUCAAAACACGAGCAGUCGGCAGAAGAAGUUGCAUGUUUGCUGUCUUUGUGGUUUGGACGGACUGACUGUCUGUCACACGACAUGGAGGGAUUUAUUUCUCUUUUAAACUGUUUGUGUUUUUAACAUAAGGAACCAACGAAAGGCAGAAAAAGGAGAUAAACUGCCAGAGAGCCGGAGGGGAGACAAACUCUUAUUUAACACAUAAUCGGAUUUUAUUUCCCCUCAGAGGGAUUUAAUCGGCUGUUUUAAUUUAUUCCUUCAAGCCUUUUGGGGAAAAAACGAACUACUAAAACCAGGAAUUAAUCUCUGUUUCUGCCCUUCAUGAGAUAAGAAACAACCUUUUUUACAGAUUGUUGUCAUGGGGACCAAAUUACACGACGGUUCAAACGUCUCCCUUUCUGCCUGAAUGAUUAUGGGUUUCAGAACACCUGCUUGGGCAGUCGGCAGGUAGCCCCGGGCAGGUGAAGCGGUGUGUUACUCCAGCAGCAUGCGGUCUGAUGUGGAGUACAGUCCGGUGGGAGAGGGGUUCGGGAUGCGGGACUUCUGGCUGUACGUGUGGCUGCGGAGGGCGGCGGUGAUAGCGGCUCAUGUCACCGGCCUGGGACUGACCCUCAUCAUCUCCCUGCUGUCCAGACCCGGAACCAGUCUGUUUUCCUGGCAUCCUGUGUGUAUGUCCUUUGCAUACUGUCUGUGUAUGACUGAAGGCGUCCUCCUCUUCUCCGCUGAAGGAUCCCCCUUCUGCUGCAAAUCUCGUAAGAACAAAGUCCGACUCCACUGGUUCUGUCAGGCUCUGGUUCUGAUAGCUGCCGCCACCGGGCUGGGCUUCAUGGUGGCCAGUAAGAACGUGUCGGAGCUCCCCCACCUGGUCUCCUGGCACAGCCUGCUGGGGGUCAGCACCCUGACCGCCACCGUGCUCCAGGCCGCGUUCGGUAUCUGCGUGAAGUUCCCUCAGCUGCUGCGUCUCUCCUCCUCCCCGCCGAGGCUGAAGCUGUACCACGCCACCUGCGGCCUGGUGGUCUACCUGCUGGCCACUUUCACCGUGGUGACGGCCAUGUUCUCGGACUGGUUCCAGGCCACGGUCAGAGGCGUGGCCUGGUGGGCCUUCCUGCUGCUGCCCCUCUUCCCCGCCCUCGUGGUGAUGAACCAGAUCACUAACGCCUACCUGCCCCGCAAGAAGAUCACCAGCUAGGCAGCACGUCAGCGGCCAUAUUGGAUUCACCCUAUACUCUGAAAUCAAAAGAAUCCAAUGGAAGCCAGAGUCCUCCACUGAAGCUGCCUCUAAACACAAAAGAACUCGCGCAAAAAGCUUCACAUGCUGCUAUUCCCAGGGACAGAACACGUCAGUUACUGAAGCCUGAAAAUCCUCAUGCGCCUAAAGAGCAGGUCUGAGAGAAGGCAGUGACUGUUUAUCAGAAGUGGAAGUAGCCACUGUGAUGUCAUCCAGUGUUGUGUUUGGUAUUUUUUGCCGUCGCCAUUGUUGCUGUUAGGGGUUAAAAUAUUUAAGUAAUCUCCGAAUGUUAGCUUCAGAUAUAUACAGAAAUUUAGACACAAAAUUCACAUAUUGGAAGCAGAAUUAAAAAAAAAUCCCUUUAGCAUUGGCUUCACUUUUCCGACAUCGAGGCGACGUCCACUUCUUAUAUACAGUCUAUGCAUAGAGCCAGCCUCUAGUGGCCAGUAGAAGAACUGCAGCUUUGGUGUCCUUUAUGUCUUCAUGCUCUGACUGAACCAAGAAGCACAAAGAACCUGAAACAGAUUUAAAGUUAGAAUAAAAUAACAGAUUUCUGACGUGGUGACUGAUUAAGAGGAUGGAAACAGACCUCUUCUUUGUUGAUCGUGAACAGAUUUAGCCUUUAUGUGACUUUCGACCGUAAACAGAGGGCUGCUUUUUUAUAAACAUACAACUUACUAUGAUAAUAUUCAACAUGAUUUCACUCUGUCAGUCGGUGGUGGCUGCUGCAUUAUUUCUCACAGAUGGACCGUGAGUUUGUUAGCUUGAUGCUCAACAUUUGCUAUUAACGGGCCACUGGAAUUAGCUUAGCAACUGUGGUAAUUUUAACUUAAGUGUCACCUGUCUUACUUAAUUAGAAUAGUUUUGAUUAAAAAGAUGCUGUCAGUGAGUUUCUUAGCAUCUCUACAGUCUGUCACGCUGCAGUCGUGUCAUUGGUCAGAAGUCGGUGAGCUGAUACAGACUCAGCCCACGCUUUAUUAUAUCUGCAUUAAAUGUCCAGUUAAUCCUGUAGAAAGAAGAGUUUUCAUAUUGGCACAUGAGCCAGCUUGGCCCCCCGUUCCUUUGCACCACAUGCUGAUAACCAUGUCUAACACGUCCACAUAUGAAACACAGGACACGGCAGGCUACAGUUAUCCUGACAGACAGCUGACCGCCGGCUCAUGUUUGGAGCGGCUUCAUGUUUCUGAACGUCUUUGUGUGUUUUCUCUUGACAGGAACAUUUGCUCUACAGUGACAUAUUCGCUCUGCAGUUAAAGCAAAAGAAAGAGUGAACAGUGAAUGGACUGUUUGUUUUAAAGGAAGCACCACCUGCUGAGCUUGUGAGGAAACAGCUUCAGAGAUGAUGGUGCUACUGUUGAUUAUAUAUUCCCGCCUGUGAGCUCUAUUUAUUUGCCCUUUUUGUUAGAUUUUUAUUUUUUUUGUCCGUCUGGUUGUCAACAGGUGCUACAUGUAGCACGUUAGCAGUCAGGUUGCAUCAUUAUAAAUGUAAGUGUGAAUGCUCAGUAAGGUGUCCAAUGUAUGCAUGAUGUGGAGGCUACAUAAAUAUAAACGAACUCCUGUCAGUGAAAUGGAAAACAACAAAGACAGACGUGAAUAACUUCAUGCAGCACCUCAGACUCUCAGAGCUCCUGUCACCUUUAUGUCAGCGUAUAAAUGAGACACCUUUCUGUUGUUUUAGGUUCUUGUUUGCGAGACAUGCUCCUUGUGUUUUGUUUGCUGAACUACUCCUGUAUCGCAUCGUCAAAACAGGCCAAAGAUUGAAGAUUUCUUCUCGCUAAAAUAUCAACAGUCAAUCCAAGAACCGAGCUACCAACAUGUAAACCCAACCCCUCAUAUCUGAAAUUAUAGCCAGACCGAUAAAUCGGCCAGCCGAUAAUAUCGGCCGAUAUCCAGUGACUAUCGGUAUCGCCUAAUUUUAUCUCAGAUAUGCGUCAAUAUAACUCGAUUUAUUCACCAGUCAAACAGCAUUUCACUUGAGUUUCAUUCUAUUACGCUAGCAGUUCUUUCACCAGCAGAGGGCGCUAUAUGGAUUAUAACAACCAUCAUCACUCUUCAGUAUGGCAAUAAAUGUGCAUAUCUAUUUCUAUAACUACAGAUGGAAGACACAUCUAAAAAAAGAUAUCGGCCGAUAUAUCCGUAUCAGAUUUGUUCUCUCCCCAAUAUCGAUAAUGGUGUCGGCCCCAAAAGUCUCAUAUCGGUCGUCCCUGCUUUAUAUAUUUCCAGCGAUAUAUAUCUGCAAAAUAAUCAAAUAAUAAGAUCAUAGUACUUUUUUUAAUUAAAUAUCAAACUUCUGUUACAAGCUAGAGUCACAUUCAUCAGAACUUUGUCAUCAAACGGUCUCUCUUGAUUAUAAAUAGUUGAUGUGUAAGAUUUAAAGUUAACAGCAAUACAUUGUUGGUCAGGUGCGGGGCCUGUUGAACCUGACAGGCUGAAUGCAGGGCAAAAUAACAAACGUGAGCAGCUAUAGCACAAACAUGUUUCCGUAAAGGCAGCGACAGGUUCUUUAAUUUUAAGUCUUUGAUCAUCAGGACACUGAGGGAGAGAGAUGUGAUGUUAGGAAGCCUUGAUGCACAAAGACUGAAUGGAUGUAACGCUUCUCCAACACCUUCUUGUCUUAUCUUUAGUCUAAAUUAUCUGACUUUAUCUUCAGAAAGUUUAGUUAGUUAAACAAAAACAUAAGAAUCAUGUGAUUGAAGUACUUAUUCUUAGUUAUCAUAUUCAAGUCCAAGUAUUUUUUUCAUUUAGAUAAAAUCCCCCACACUUUUUUUUUGCCCUGACUCUCAUCCUUCAGCUUUAGAUUUAAACAAACAUGAAGUGUAAAAUACAAAAUCAAAAUAAUAAACUCCUCAAGUCUGAUUUUUUUUUGAUGAAAAGGUGAAACUUGGCAUGAAUUGAAGAGGUUUGUGUUGACCUCAGAAUGUAUCCCCCCCCCAUGACAUGUUAUUACGUUUGUGCAGCUUGUUUCUCAGGACGCUGCCGUUUGAGCCGUCUCAGUGUCGAUGACGAAAUCUGAAUGUGCUUUGUAGGUUUGUGUUUAUUCAGUCUGUGUCUACCUGUAAGAAAUAAAACAGAAAAAUAACAGAAUAUUGUUUUA